CAACGACUGGCCAGAGUAGACGAAGACGAAAGAACGUGAUCCAACGCUCGUCGAUCUAUUAUGAAAAGUAGUCUCGAGUUGUGUGUGUUCAUCUCACAUUGCACAUCCGCUCCUAAAUAAAUACAAUACAGCUCGUGUGACUCUAACAAUUUCCAAUAUCCACCUGAUUACUACCAAAAUGGAGCAAUAGCACUAUUGCAUAUUGUGUGGUGCACAUUGUUAAAAAUAUCGAAAGGGAUGAUGGAUCAAAAAAAUACGUCUUGGUUGUUGAUGCCGGUCCACGUUGCCCCCAGCUGAUAGCAUUUGUAUCAACAGGAAAGCGUAACAGGAAGUGAAAGAGGUUGCGCAAAGGCUGCAGAGUGACCCCAACAAUCAAAGCAUAAACUUAACCACUCGCUCUUAUUGGUACUUGCACAUUCAUUCCGUCCGACUGACAGCCAAACUUCCCAGAAAUUGGCCCCAGUUUUCAUAACAUUGCCACCUCCACCGAAAUGGAGCUAAAAAAUACCAUGAAUAUAAAGUACCGCAAUGAAGGACUUGUGCUGCUCUGUGGCGUACCACUCUCCUCCCCAACCAAGCCACCGACCGUGCUGCUGGUCAAGUGAAAAGGUGUCGAGAUUGAGGCAGGAAAACUUAUAGGAUACCAAAAAUAUAGUCGAAACCAACCAAGUGGAUCCAGAGGAAAUAUACAACAAGGGACGAGUUCAAAUAUAUUUAGCCUUUUCCCCUCAUCGUCCUCACAAUGGAAAGACGACCCCCUGUGAAGAUCUCGAUCCUGGAGAAGGAUGAGAGUGAGGUUUCCCACUGUUGGAAGUAUUGUCAGAUCUUUUCCUACAUUAUGGUAAUAAUUUCCGGUAUUGCGACGUCCCUUGCCAUGGCCAAUGUCCAGGGCAUCUUUCACCACGAAUGUCUCCUAUAUGCGGACCUCGCUAUCUCCACAUCCCCUGAGAACAACUGGACCAUCAUCAUCACGCCACACGCCGCCUCACGUUGGGGCAGCAGCUCUCACUGCGACUUUACCCAGUACUGUCCCGUCGCCUCCGUCAUAUUCGCUGGCAUCUGGGCAACCAUUUUUGUCAUGUGUGGUCGAGGUGGGGCGUCCAGUCGCAACCUCCCACAACCCUGGAGAAUCAUCCCACCCGCAAUUCUAUUCAACUUUAUAUUUCUAGUCUUGUCCUGUGUCAGCGUAGCCCUCACCGUCGGAGGAUUCGCAUCAUUCUGCGCGUCCGUGACACCACAAAUUAAUGUCUCGAGUUGCGAAGACUUGAUCGGCUUCUCGUGGGAACGGUAUGUUGGAGCCUCAAAUUUUUAUGACGACGUACUUCUUGCUCAAACCGGUGCGUACUUUGUCCUCACCGGAUGGAUGUUUGGCUUUGUCAUUCUCAUCAUUCGUGUUAUCACCCAUGCCGAUUUUCGAGUCAUUGGUCCUGAUCGUAAAGCUUCUGCGGAAAUCGGGACACCCACGCCAACGGCCGCCUCAAGGACAACUCGUCGGAGUCAAACCGUCUCCAUCUCAAGUAGUAGUUCCUCUCCAGGCGGUGCGACAACGUCGAGGGACAUGUCGUCAUCCCCACCGAAGAGGGAGGAUCGCCCCCUCCUCCUUCUCAACAACAAUAAUAACAACGUUCAUACCCCAAAAGGGCUGCCACCCGUUUGACAUAAACCAUUACACUGGUCGUCCUUCUCACAAGUCACAGUUCAAACUAUACCCAUUCAUUUACAUACUUAUUUGCCAUUCUUUCCGCAAUUACUUACUAAUUGAUGCUGCUAAGAUGGUGCAAAAUGUACAAGAUAAUAUCCAAGUAUUUAAUUUCUUCUAUAGCUUAAUAUUUAUCAUUAGUUUUUUUCUAUGCUAAACAGAUUUAUAAUAUUUUCAACGACGAGACAAUAACACGACUUUGUGCAGUCUACGGAGCUUUAAUUAUCAACCGUUGAGACUUGCUUUGCUUGAUUGUUACACAAUCUGUUAAAUAUUAAAUUAAAUCUAUUAAGUGAUUAAGCAAGGAAAUGUAAACUGGAGGAAAGGUGAUUCUAGUAGAGCUUUAAUAAUAGAAAAAUCAGGAGGUAUUACUCUCUGCCUUUAAACAAUAAUUAAUUAACUAUCUAUCGCUUACGUCAAUGCUAUUUUAUACGAUCUCCCAUCCAUGUCACCCUCCACUCAAGGAGGAAGUAGUAUGGAAGAAUAUGAAUAAAUAAAUACAUUUGUGUGUCGUAA